AUGACGGACGUCGUCGUUGUGUGCGUCGUGGUGGCCGUUGGUGACGUGGCGGUGUCGCGAGGUUGGGAACAGCCUAGAACUCGACCACCACUACUAUCUACGCCUAUGCGCGCAACACAGGAUAGACCACCUCAGCAUCGAAGAGUAUUGAUGACAAUAGCUGAGGAAAGGGAGGGAAAUCAGGUCACAGAGGAAGUGCCCAAGCAAGAAGAAUCGCAAAUCGACGAAACUCACGACGACAUGUUGCGUGAAGUAUACCAGGUCAUGCAGAAACGGCAAAGGGCUCCCCCUCCUGGCGGAUACAUGUUUCCGCGAAACGAUCACGUCACAACUAAGAUGGGAAAACUCCCACCUUCGCCCUGUCGAGCCUGCGGCAGCGAGAACCACUGGGACAAAGAAUGCCCGGAUGGUGAGAUCUACAACGCUCGGAUGGCUUCCGAACAUCGAAAUGGUCAUUCAAAUGAAACAGUAGAAGAUGAAGGGGAUAAGUGUUACCAGAGUGCCUUCAGUAUCCUCCUUUCUCAGCGGUUAGCAACAUCGCAAUUCGAUCUGAGUCGAGUAAAGUCGGAUUUUGAGCAGGCAGUUCAUCACGAAGAAAUUAACGCACUAAGCGUUGAAGACAGAGUCGAUGAGCGUAAGUCUGUGGAAAGGCAGCGAGUGACCGUCCAAGAGAUAGACGAUGAGUCAUGGUUGGAAGCCCGUUCCAAACCAAAAGCGUCGACGUACCUUCUCUACAAUACGAACGAAGAAACGGAGGAUGAGAGACCAGACAGAACUAAAGAUCCCCCACCGAGUGCGAGGAAUUCUGAAUCUUUACACGAGAAUGCCACCGCCAAUGGACCUGACCAAGCUCCGACGCUCUCGGAUGACAAGAUACGAUCGGCUACAGCAGCGGCAGCGCUUGCUUCGGAAUCCAAAGAACAGACCCUCCCUAGGAAUGACUCUCCUGAUGACGUGGAAUCUCCGUCGGAUUUCCAAUUGCCUCCUCCGCCAAAGGACUUGAAACCUGUACGAUUGGCAAAGAAGCGGUUCUAUCCGGUAGGAGAGUCGUCAGUGGGUGUUUCAGUACUAUCUGUCAAGGGAUGGGUGGGCAAUAUGAGUAACCCCAUAACGGAUCUUCGUCUGGAUUCUUGCGCCGACGUUACAUUGAUCUCGGCAGAAUAUUAUGAUAGCCUAAAAGCCAGCCCUCCAAUUCAACAAGGUAUGUGCAUGCGACUGUGGCAACUUACCGAUAAGGACUCCAGACUAAGGGGGUUCGUACGCAUACCCAUUCUCAUGGUCACAGACGACGGCAUAACGAUCAAGUCUGAGGCAGAAGCCUAUGUAGUUCCGGGAAUGACAGUACCAAUACUACUUGGCGAAGACUAUCAACUGACCUAUGAAGUGGGCGUCACUAGGAAUGUGGAAGAAGGACCGCAAGUACACUUCGGCAAGUCAGAAUAUAGCGUGACUGCAAAGCAGGUAGAACGAACCAAGGACUUCGACCGAAUGAGACAGAGUGCCCACUCCAUAGGCCGAUUCAUCCGGAACUAG